UAAUUAAUUAAUAUCGUAAAUUAUUACCAUUCAAUUCCUAUCAGAAGUCUACAUUUACCUAUUGUUAUUGACUUUAAACUAUCAUAUACCUUUGCUUAGAGCAGUUAGAGUUCGAGUUUGUCAUUUAAUUUGAAUUUUUGCAUUAUUAAAUCACCUUGUUUUGUGUUCUUUGUACACCAUAACAACCCAAUAUUAUUAUCAAAACCAUUUGUACAACCUUACUCGAGAUAAUACCGUGAAUAAUGAUGAGUCGAGGGGUGGCGUACCAAAGAAAACAUUAUCAUUAUAAUACUCAUGAUCUAGAUAGACCUAAUUUCAUCUUUUCUUCCGAUAUUCCUGAUAAAGUGGAUCAAUUAUCUCAUGAAUAUUUAUCAAUUCGAGAUAAACAACAACACGUUAAAGACCAUAACAAUGAUGAUGAAGAAGAAGAACAUGUAAUUAGUCUAACAACCGAGAAUAUCGAAUUCAACAUUAAUAUAGAAUUGAAUACCCUUUUAUUAUACAAUCCAAGUUUCAAACCUUCAGACCUUAUACAUGAAAAUCAUAUAUGUUUAGCUAAACCUGAACAUAUUGAUUUUGAAAUCAUGAAAUCGGAUCAAUUGAUUUUUAAAAAUGGUAAUACAGAAAAUUAUAAGGGGAUCCAACCUUAUGUUCUUAAAUCAAAAGAAAUCUUCAUCAUUAAUAUCACAUUGAAAUUAUUAACUUUCAAUGUGUUUAAUCAUGAUUCACCCAUUAUUAUAGAUUUUGUCAAAGAUGAAAAUUAUACUAUUUUAUUAUUAUGUAAAUCAAUCUUAUUAUGUCAAAUUGAAAAGUAUAUCACAUUGAAAUUCAUUAAGGAAGUGAAUAAGAACUUAGUGACACCUUUACCAUUCCCUGAAACUUCAAUAGUUGAAGAUGAGGAUGGUUAUCCUACCCCACAAGAGAUUAGUAAAUAUACUACUGAUACUUUAUUUAAUGAUUCGACUUUAGAAGGAAGUGAAAAUGAAAGUGUUGUGGGUGGAAAGACCUUCUUGUAUGAUGAUGACGAAGAAGAAGAUGAUGAAGUUGAUAGAAAACAAGUGGAAGAUGAUUUCCAAGAUUUACUCUUGUUAAAUUCAAAUGAUACUAUACGAUAUAUUUCACAUGAUGAAGAUUAUGAUGAUAUUGGAUUUUCAGUUAAGACUGCUUCUAAAUUAUUACCGAAAACCAUCCUUUCUACAAUUAAAGAAGAAAAGAAAAGUGAUUCAUUUAUUGAAAACUUAAAUAAUUUAAGACAUAAUGAUUUAAAUGAUGAUAUUGAUUUUGUUGAUAUCGAUGAUGAUGAACAUGAUAGUGAACAUGAUGAUAUUAAUAGAUAUAUAUUGGAUGAUUUACAACACUUACAACCUCCAAUACAAUUAAGACUUAAUAUCAAUCAAAAUGAAAAUACAAAUAUUAAUGGAAAUGGAAAUUCCACUGAAAUAAUAUCACCACCAAUGACACCAGCCAAAACAUUGACUAGACAACUGUCAUACUUGAGUUAUCUUUCUCCAACCAAAGCUACCACAAACAACAAAACAGUAUCAAGAAUGACAUCAACUGCAUCUUUAUCCUUUAUAAAUAGUGAUGAUACCACCGGAUUGGAGUAUGCUUAUCGGGAUAGAUCACCUACUGUACCUUCAUUUAUCAAAGAAGAUAAAAAAUUCCGAUUCAUUAAAGUUGGAAAAGUUCAAAAAUUUGUUGAUCUAUUUGAAGAAAAGAAAAAGACUGAUAUUACACCUAUAUUACCUCCUCCUCCACCAAUCUUUAGAUCAAAUAGUAAGCAAGUAAGUCCAGGUUUGGAAUAAUAAUGGUGAUGGUGAACCAAAACAAAAACAAAAUGACUAUGUAAAAUUAUAUUAUUUAAUUUAAUGAAUGAAUGUGAACGAUCUUAUAUGUAUUAUACUGUAGAUAAUUGUGAUUUUUCUUGAAAUUGAGCUAUUUGAUCAGUUAAAG